AUGGCUAAUGCAGAAGUAAGUGUUCCAGUGGGGGAUGUGGUUGUGGUUCCCACUGAAGGAAAUGAAGGGGAGAACCCUGAAGACACUAAAACCCAAGUGAUCUUGCAGUUACAGCCUGUGCAGCAAGGUUUGUUUAUCGAUGGACACUUUUACAACAGGAUUUAUGAACCUGGGUCCGAGAACAACACGGCAGUCGUGGCAGUAGAAACUCACACGAUUCACAAAAUUGAAGAAGGGAUUGAUGCAAGCACUAUAGAAGCAAAUGAGGAUAUGGAAAUUGCUUACCCCAUAACUUGUGGGGAGAGCAAAGCCAUUCUCCUCUGGAAGAAGUUUGUAUGUCCAGGAAUAAAUGUGAAAUGUGUCAAGUUCAAUGAUCAGUUGAUCAGCCCCAAGCAUUUUGUUCAUCUGGCUGGCAAGUCUACCCUAAAGGACUGGAAGAGAGCCAUUCGUCUGGGUGGAAUCAUGCUCAGGAAAAUGAUGGACUCCGGACAGAUUGAUUUUUACCAACAUGACAAGGUUUGCUCCAAUACCUGCAGAAGCACCAAAUUUGAUCUUCUUAUCAGCAGUGCAAGAGCUCCGGUGCCAGGACAGCAGACAAGUGUGGUGCAGACACCCACUUCGGCCGAUGGUAGCAUCACACAGAUUGCCAUCUCGGAAGAGAGCAUGGAAGAGGCAGGCCUGGAAUGGAACUCAGCUCUCACUGCUGCUGUCACCAUGGCUACAGAGGAGGGUGUGAAGAAAGACUCAGAGGAAAUUUCAGAGGACACUUUGAUGUUCUGGAAAGGAAUAGCUGAUGUAGGACUGAUGGAAGAGGUUGUCUGCAAUAUACAGAAGGAAAUAGAGGAGCUACUCAGGGGAGUUCAGCAGCGGCUCAUUCAGGCUCCCUUCCAGGUAACAGAGUUGGAACGCCAGUUGGAAGAGCAGAAGAAGCAAGCUCAGGAUCACAGGCUGAAAUCCCAGACCGUUCAAAAUGUGGUACUGAUGCCUGUGAGCACUCCUAAGCCUCCAAAAAGGCCCCGGCUCCAGCGGCCAGCUUCUACCACAGUCCUGAGCCCUUCUCCUCCGGUCCAGCAGCCUCAGUUCACAGUCAUCUCACCCAUCACCAUCACCCCAGUGGGCCAGUCAUUUUCCAUGGGCAAUAUUCCAGUGGCCACCCUCAGCCAGGGCUCCAGUCCUGUGACUGUUCACACACUGCCUUCUGGCCCUCAGCUCUUCCGCUAUGCCACAGUGGUCUCCUCUGCCAAGAGCAGCUCACCAGACACAGUGACCAUCCAUCCUUCAUCUAGCUUAGCACUGCUAAGCUCCACUGCCAUGCAGGAUGGGAGUACCCUGGGCAACAUGACCACCAUGGUGAGCCCCGUGGAGCUGGUGGCCAUGGAGUCCGGCUUGACCUCGGCAAUCCAGGCUGUUGAAAGCACCUCGGAAGAUGGGCAGACCAUCAUUGAGAUUGACCCAGCCCCAGACCCAGAGGCUGAGGAUACUGAGGGCAAAGCAGUUAUUUUGGAGACAGAGCUGAGGACUGAGGAGAAAGUUGUGGCUGAGAUGGAAGACCACCAGCAUCAAGUCCACAAUGUGGAGAUUGUGGUCUUAGAGGAUUAA